GACCGAGUUACCUGCCAUUCAGGUGUAUUGUGUAUACAAUCUGAUCAGUGUAUAAACUCGCGUGCUAAAUUAGUAAAAAAGGAAUAAAAAUGCACAGUCAGGGACAUACAAAGAUGUUUCGCUCUUACCAGAGUGUUUUACCAUCUUCUAAUAAACUUUUACAAAUGAGAUGGGAUCAGACGUACUACAAAGAACAUCGGCGACUGGUGAAAGAAGCCCAGCCAAUGGUGGACACAAAGGCUCCCGCCACAUACAUGCACUUGCAUCUGAAACUCAAGAAACUGCAGUUGGAGGAAGAGCGACUUGCGACAAUAGAGCGUGACAACCGGAUCCUUCUGGAGAAGAUGUCUUACAUCAUGAGGACGAGGGGGCGCGUAGAUAAUAGGAACAACUAUGAAUACAAAAGCUUAAAUCGGGAGAAGCGACAGCGUGAGUUGUUAAGAGUCACAAAGGAAAACCAGGCAAUAUUGAAGCGUAUCAUGUUGAGAAAGCCAGAAUACAGCGCACAGAAGUGGCAAAAUGAAUGGGAAGAGAACCAGGCAUUCAUGGAUAGCAUCUCACACUUUCCCAAGGACUGGUGGUUAGAGGAAAAGCAACCAACAACUGAGCCCACACAACCUCAACAAACAAAGCUCCCAAAACCUCAACCAACACCUCCUGCUGAUACUCCAGAUAAAAAAGUAAAACCAGUGACUCCUCCAAUAGCACAAGACAGAAAAAGUGAUGACAUGCUAAUUUGAAUUUAACCUACAAUUAGUGAUCUUUGUUGCAAAUAUAAAAUCAUGACAAUGUAUAAAAGAUGUUUGCAUUUUGUAAAGAAAAAAAUAUGAUUUGUUUAAUUCUCAUUUGUUUUUCUUCAAAAUUUGGUACGUAGGCUGAUAUUAUUUUUUUAAAUAAUUGAAAAAGACGUUUAUUUAAAGGUAGAUUGUUUCAUGCAUAAGUACUUUAUAAUCCAGUUGCAGAUGUACAUUAAAGAAAAGAUUAAUAGUUAGCAGGUUCCUUUUGAGACAAAAACAACAUUUUUUUUUAAAAACAUUAAUUGUAGAAAAAUAUAUUUCAUAAAAAUAUGUAUAAAUAAAAUGUACAAGACCUGAACUUAUUAAAAACAUGUUACUUUAAACGUUAAUAGCUUUCAGACGUUGAUUGCAAUGAUUGAAAUAUUGAAAUAGUUAAUUAAAUUGUUUUCUAAUAAUAAUGAUAGAGAAAAUAUAAAGCAUUAUUUUAUGUAAUCCAGUUGUCAAUGUAUUUUCACAUUUUAUCGUGUUUUAAGUAUUUUUUCACAAACCAAAGACUUUUUUGUAUGAAACAUUCCAUGGUUGUCAGUAUUACGGCUUUAUUUGUUCGGAUGAUUGAUAUGGUCAUUUUGAAUGUUAUUGUUUUUAAUAAUAUUGAUGUAAUCUAUACAAUUUAGAAAACAUAAAUGUUUAUGUUUAUUUUUAUAAGCAUUAAACAUUUUCAGACAUUCUAUAUAUAUAUAUAUAUAUAUAUAUAGACAUGUCUUAUUGCAAAAGUUUAUAUUUAUGUUACAAAAGUUUCAGAGCAAUUUAUAUAAGAUCUGAAUUCUGCUUUAUUUAAAUUAUUAUUGAGAUUUUCUAUGUUCAUUUUAAGCUUGUUUUUUGUUUGUCUUCUGGAGUUAUGCCCCUUGUUUGAGACAAGCAUCGUUGUUCGCUCGGGGGCGCUCCUGUAUUAUAUUUUCGCUGCCAAUAAGGUAUUUCGCAUAGAUUAUUUGUCUGUAGUAUUGUUCAUAAUCACUGUUAGUGUUUGACUCAUUUACGCUGUAAAUAUAAUUGUACAUUUUAGAUAGGUGUGUAAUGCUCCAAUGAUGUUUAAGGUUUAGUUGGUCAAACAUGAUACUGAAGAUCUUGGUUCCCCUGAUCAUGAAUUAAUUUAAAUGAAUUUCCUUGUUUCUACCAAUUUUCAUCAAAUUUGGCUAAAUUUCUAUAAGAAGAAGAAGAAAAUCAACAUAUCGCUUUAAUUAUAAUGUAUCUUUAUAUGUCAUGAAUUUUAUGCAAGAUUUUGUUGUUAAGUUUAUUAUUUACAGCAUUAUGCUUUUGUGUAAGUUUCUGCUGUAUCAUACUUCAUUACAUUUCAACAUCUGUGAUAGCCUUUAUUCUAAUGUUGCAUGUUAUACACAGUUUUACAAGUGAUAAAAAAUUAAAUGCAUUGUAUACAAGAUCUGAGUAUUUGGGCUGAAUAAGUUGUUUGUGUCUUUUUAUGUGUAAACCAUUUUCCUAAUAAAAUUUACAACUAUU